AUGUCUGAAAAAGGAAAAGAUAUUCGAGCAACAAAGUUAGAAAAACUUGACAAGCAUGUGAAUAAACCAAUUCAAGCAAUUAAAAAAUUAAAGAAUCAUUUCCAUAAGUCAAGCAAGAAAAAUAAAUCCGAAACAACAAGUACUGUUUUACCAAUUGUUCGAAACGCAGAUGUUACAAGUAGAAUUACUGAUGCAUCACAUACUGCAGAAACAUCUCUAAGCAUAAUCUCCCAUCCUAUCGAAUCCAUUCGUACCGCUGAACUAUCACAGCAAUCAAUUGUCAGCCGUAGCAUGGAGUCCCGUAUUAUGAACAUUUCCAGUAAUAAUCGUAAAUCGAUAAGUGACGUUGAUCCAUCUCAUAAAAAUAUCGCUUCAAGAAAUAUAAAUCUUCCUCAAAAUGCUAACGUAAUUCGUAAUGAUACGAUGGAUUUUCAAACGUCGAAUACAUCACGUAGUACAACUGCUGACAUUUCGCGAAAUUCGGUGACAGAUGCGUUUCGUAUGAACAAUUUAUCACGCGAUAUAGAAAUGCCACGAAAUGAAGAAAUGGUUUAUAAUACCGAUCUGUCACGAAGUGUAAAAGAAAUUGGUAAAAAUGAAGAGUUAAUAGGGAAAAACAUUGAUAUUAGUGACAGAAAAUGUAAGCAUUAA